GGGGUGCUGCCGGUGUCCCCGAGGAAGGGGAGGUGUCCCCACGGACGGGGUGCUGCCGGUGUCCCCGAGGAAGGGGAGGUGUCCCCGCGGACGGGGCGGUGUCCCCGCGGCGAUGGCGGCCCUCCGGAUCCAGAGCGACUGGAGCCGCGCGCUCAGCAGGGACGAGGGCGAGGCCUGGCUGAGCUGCCGCUGCCCCGGGAAGCCCACCCUGUACGGCAGCGUCACCCGCCGCGGGCUCAGUUCCGAGGGCAUCCCAGACAUCGCGGCCUCCGAGGGAUUCCUGGUUCAGGAAGUCACCAAGAAAAGCAUCCUCAUUUCUUGUCCUCAUGAAAAUGUGUCCACAAAGUUCCUGGCCCCGUACACAACUUUUUCUAGGAUUCAUCAGAAAAGUAUCACCUGUCUUGACAUUUCCAGUGGUGGAGGACUUGGUGUAUCCACCAGCACAGAUGGGACCAUGAAAAUCUGGCAGGCUGCCAACGGAGAAAUAAGAAGACUAUUGGAAGGCCAUGUGUAUGAUGUGAAUUGUUGCAGGUUUUUCCCAUCUGGCCUCGUGGUGCUGAGUGGGGGAAUGGAUGCCCAGCUAAAGAUCUGGUCAGCAGAGGAUGCCAGCUGUGUAGUGACAUUUAAAGGUCACAAAGGAGGGAUUUUGGACACUGCCAUUGUGGAUCGAGGCAGGAAUGUCCUGUCCUGCUCCAGGGAUGGCACUGCCCGGCUCUGGGACUGCGGGAAAUCCGCCUGUCUGGGUGUCAUUGCCGACUGUGGCUCCCCCGUGAACGGCAUCGCCGUAGGCACUGCUGACGACUCCCUGAAUCUGGGCGCACCCGAAAAUCCUCCCAGUGAGCGUGAGAUUGGGACAGAAGGGAAAAUCCUGCUGCUGGCCCGGGAGGACAAGAAGCUUCAGGGAGUGGGACUGCAGAGCAGGCAGCCGGUGUUCCUCUUUGUGGGAUCUGACGCCUUCAACUGCUGCACGUUCCUCUCGAGCACCUAUAUCCUGGCAGGGACUCAGGAUGGGAACAUCUACCAGCUGGAUGUGAGGAACACAAACGCUCCAAUCCAGGUCAUCCACAGGUCGGGAGCGCCAGUGCUUUCUCUGCUCCCAUACCAAGAUGGAUUCAUUGCCAGCCAAGGGGAUGGCACCUGCUUCAUCCUCCAGCAAGACCUGGAUUAUGUCCUGGAUCUCACUGAGGCCGACUGCGACCCCGUGUACAAGGUGGCUUCUUGGGAGAAGGAGAUUUACACGUGCUGCAGAGACGGGAUAGUGAGGAGAUACCAACUUUCUGACCUUUAAGUGUUUGAAGGGACCAAAUAGUGAGGAAAUGUGUCAGGAUGGCUCUUCCAAGCUGAUUUUCCUGGGAUGUGUAUGCACAAUUUGAGGCUCUUGUGGUGACAGAGUGUUUUGGUGGCUGAUCAUAUUUCUGCCUUCGACACAACUGGGAUCAAAUUUUAAUGUAGAGAUGAUGUUGUGUUGCAA